CGUGCGCAUGCGCGGGCCGGUGGGUGCGUUUGAGACACGCCGACAGACGGACGGACGGCGGGACGGAUGGACAGACGGACGCGCGAGUGAAUGAAACCAACAGGGCCGGGCCUAGGCUUGUCCCUCGCGUGCGAGCGGCCCCGCGCCCAACACCGGUUCGGGGGCCGCGGGAUUCGAACUCGCGUCUCGGAAGAGUCACGUGUGUGCGGCCGUGAGGUUGUCUUUGAACUCGGUCCUUCGCUUCCACGUGCUGAAGUGCUGAACUGAGUCCACUCCUUUCAUGCCAGUGCUGUGGGCGUGAACUCUGUCCUCCUUAUACACGCGGGUGCUGUUGGGUUUUGAACUCAGUCCUCUGAUUUCACACAGGAAGCCCCUUCGCCGCGGGACGGUCCCGCCCCUCCCCCGACGCCCCGUUGCCAUGCCACCCAGCCGGCGUCAGGGCUGAAGGCCGGCCCGGCCAGGAGGGACCCGAGUUCGAGUUCUGCCCCUCCCCGCACCCCAAGCAAGGCUUCUAGAAUGUUCUCUGCGGGGCGCCGUAGUCCCGCCCCCCUGGCGCUGCUGCUGCUGCUGCUCUCACGCGUGGACCCCGCCGUCGCCGCCGCCGACGACGCCGACGUCCCGGCCACGGGUUCGAGGCCCAACUUCCUGCUGCUCAUGGCCGACGACCUGGGGAUCGGUGACCUCGGUUGCUACGGCAACAGCACCCUGAGGACGCCCCACAUCGACCGCCUGGCGCGGGAGGGCGUGAGGCUGACGCAGCACCUGGCCGCCGCGUCCGUGUGCUCGCCCAGCCGGGCCGCCUUCCUCACCGGCCGCUACCCCAUCCGCACAGGCAUGACGUCGUCGAACGGCCAGCGGGUGCUGCAGUGGGCGGCGGGCUCGGGCGGCCUCCCCGCGCGCGAGAUCACCUUCGCCCGCCUGCUCGCCCGCCGCGGGUACGCCACGGGACUCGUCGGCAAGUGGCACCUGGGCCUGAACUGCGAGCGCCACGACGACCACUGCCACCACCCGCGCAGCCACGGCUUCGCGUCCUUCUACGGCAUGCCGCUCUCCAUGAUGGCCGACUGCGCGCCCGACGACGGCGGCGGCGGCGGCGGCCCGUCCCGCGGGACCUCCGAGAAGCGGGAGGCGCUGCGGGGGCGCCUCCGGCUCGGGGCGCAGGCGGCGGCCCUGGCGCUGCUCACCGCCGCCGCCGCCCGCCUGGCGCGCGUCCUCCCCGCCCCCGCCCGGCGACCGUGGCUGGCCGCCGCCCUCGCGGCCGCCGCCGCCGCCAUGGCCGCCGCCUCGCUCUACGUGGGCGACUUCAUCCGCCGCGCCGACUGCAUCGUCAUGCGGGACCGCGACGUCGUCGAGCAGCCCGCCGACCUCGACGCCCUCAAUGCCCGCUUCCUGCGCGAGGUCCGCGCCUUCCUCGCCAGGCACAGGUCGGACCCCUUCCUGCUGCUGGCCUCCUUCUACCACGUGCACGCGCCCCUCGUCACCGACCCGCCCUUCCGCGGGUCCAGCGCCCACGGCCCCUACGGCGACAACGUGCAGGAGCUCGACUGGAUGGUGGGCCAGGUCAUGGAGGCUCUGGAGCGCGAGGGCCUCGCCAACGGCACGCUCGUCUACUUCACCUCCGACAACGGCGGCUCCCUCGAGGCCCGCGCGGGCGGCGCGCAGUACGGCGGCUGGAACGGCCCCUAUAGAGGCGGCAAAGGCAUGGCGGGCUGGGAGGGCGGCAUCCGCGUGCCGGGCAUCUUCCGGUGGCCCGGGGUGCUGCCCGCGGGGCGCGUGUCGGACGAGCCCACCAGCCUCAUGGACGUCUUCCCCACCGUCGCGCUGCUCGGCGGGGCGCCGCUGCCCGAGGACAGGGUGAUCGACGGGCGGGACCUGAUGCCGCUGCUGCGCGGGGAGACGGAGCGCUCGGCCCACGACGUGCUGCUGCACUACUGCCAGCUGUUCCUGCACGCCGCCCGCUACGCCGACCGCGAACACGGGAAGCUGUGGAAGGUGCACUUCUCGACGCCGCUGCCCGAGCCGGCGGGCGCGGGCGCGUGCUACGGGCGGGCCGUGUGCCCGUGCCACGGCGACGGCGUGCGCGACCACCGCCCGCCGCUGCUCUUCGAGCUGACCUCCGACCCCGGCGAGCGGCGGCCCCUCCCGGCGCCCGGCGACGGCGCCCGCGGCGACGACCCGGCGGCGGCGGCGGCGCUGGAGGCGGUGGGCCGGGCGGUGCGCGGGCACCGGCUGACGCUGUCGCGGACGCUGACGCAGCAGCUGGGCUCCAUCUACAACGUGUGGCGCCCGUGGCUGCAGCCCUGCUGCGGCCGCGCCUGCCGCUGCCGGGAGGGGGACGCGGGUUCGGGUCCCGCCUGAGGCGGGACGGGGACGUGGGUUCGAGUCCCGCCGUCCCCCGCGGGCGUCGCGGCGUCUCGGAAACGGGGGCCGUGGGUUCGAGUCCUGCCUCCUCGGGGGCGGUGGUGGUGGGGGGGGCGGGCUCUUUCGCUUUGAUUGACAGGCUGGGAUCUGUAUGAUUGACGGGACGCAGAGGGCGGGAUCACUGGCGCUCGGGUGGGCUCUUUUUUUGGAUGAUGG